AUGAAGUUCGAUAAAUUGUUGUUUACGGUAACGACAGUAUUUGCCUUCACUACAUUUAUACUGAUCAUUAUUGCCACAGCUGGUUCUUCAUCCAACUAUAAGCCAAUCACUAACAUAAAGAUUGGUGAAGCUGAUAUCUCCCACAUUAAUGUCACAAAAGUCGUUCCUCAAGUUGGUCCUAUCUUGACCAUCCUGGGUUCCGCUUUGACCGCUAAUGCAUCUUUGGAUCAAAUCUUCGAUGCUUUGAAGCAAGUCGCUGACACUCCAGCAUUGGUCCCAUUGUUGAACUUGAUGUCAAACAGUAAAUCUAAUGUUACAGGUACCAUCGGUGCUCUGACUAACUUGGCCCCAUUGGCUCUGCAGAAAAGUGACAACACCACCGAUGCAGCUCUGAAUAGUAUCAACAUGGUUAUUGGUGAUGCCACUAACGUGGACUUAUUGUUAGACGGUAUGAAAGAGGUUGUUAACUCUGCCAUGGAAUCCCUAACAUCUCCAAACUUCAAGAACUUGACCAUCAUGGAAAAUGAAGUGUUUAACCUAUUAUUGGAUUCCGAAAAUGUCACAGCAACUACUGAGGCAUUAAUCGACAUGAACCAAAUCCCAGACGCAGACAAACAAAAGUUGAUCCCAGCCUUCACUCUAUUCAAGGACUCUUCAAACCUAAAUGCUACCAUUGACUCUAUGGCUAGUUUGAUGAAUUACUCGUCAGCCCUUUCUUCUAUCCCAACUGCUGAACUCUCGACCUUAUUUUCAACUGUUUCUUCUCUAGCAAGUUCCAAGUCUAGUUUGAUAUCAACAAUUACUGCAUUGAGCAGCAAACUACCAAGCAACCUGGCCCCAGCUGUUUCUUCCUUGACCACACUUUUGAACUCUACUAAUGAAGAUUCUCUAAACUCGACAUUGAAUGCUCUACAAACUUUGAUUUUGAAGAACAAUAUCACUGCCUCUGUUGACUCAGCAAAGACAUCUAUCAACUCUAUCAAGAUCAUGAAUGAAUACGCGCAAAACAAGACUUUGUUACUGGACAGUGUGGAAGAUCUUGCUACUCAAACUAGCGUCCCAAGCAACACUACCACAGCUCAACUGAAAGCUCUAGAUGACAUUUUCCAAGGUUCCGGUAAUGCAUCAGCUACUUUGAGGACAUUGAUGGGUCUAGAACAAGGCCUAACUGCCAACCCAUCCUUGAUCAAAUACGUCCCAUAUAUCUUUGAACUAUUGGAUGAUUCCAACAAUGCAACCCUUUCUUUCACAUCUUUGCUAAACUUAACAUCUUUUGCUAAGAGUAAUCCUACUACCUUCGUACCAAUUAUGUCCAUUUUGGGUAAAGCUAACUCCAUCACUCCUGUCACUCAAGAUCAACUGAGAGAAUUGACUCCUGCUAUUCUGGAAUACUUGCAUAUUCCAAUUAAGUUCCACCUGUCUAUCUUUACCUUAUGUAAGGCUGACAUUAACGAUAAAAUCAUCAGUUGUUCAAAGUCUCAUGCUGUUCAAAACUUGGACUUCAGAAGUAUCAUUUACGACAGUAUUGCCGAGUCUGACUUCAAGCCUUAUCUAGAGGCCCUAAAAAUUGGUAAGCAAGACUUGCAUUUGGAUGGUAAGAUGCAAAACAGACAGCACGAAUAUGUACCAGCAAUUAGAGCAAGUUUGUCCAUGAACUUAUUGGCUAUCAUUGUCUCCUUCUUCCUAAUGUGCUACGCUAUUUUCUUAUUAGUUUCUAAGAAUGCUAUGACUCACAUGAAAUGGUGUAUUCUAUUCUUCUUGACCAUGAACAGUGCCUUGUUCUCUGGUUUGGGUGGUACUAUUAUCAGUGCUAUGAUUAACAUCAUUAAGUCCGGUACCCAUGACGACAAGUACGGUGUUGUUUUCGAUGACAACUCAUCUAUCCUAGGUCUUCUAUGGUGUGCCUUUACUGUUGCCUUCCUAUCUUACGUUGCAGCAACUUUGUCAUGGUUCCAAUUCUGGAGAGAAAACAAGAACAAACCAGUUACAUAUCUUUCUUCUGGAACUUCUUCAGAAAAUGAAAGUGUCACCUCCAGAGUCACUGAACAUGCUAACAACAAGGCUGACGAAAAGGAAUCAGUUUGA